GCGGAGGAGGAGUUAGCGGAACUAAUCAUCAACUCCACCGUCUCCUCUGUCUCCGGCGUCACUCUCUCUCUCUCUCUCUCCGCUCGCAUUCCCUCGCCAUUUUCACCGAGCAAGAGAAGAGCAGCAGCAAGCGCGCGAGCGAGCGAGAGAGAGAGAGAGGGAGCGCGAGCGCGAAGUCCCGCGGCUAAAGUUGUCUGCAGCAGCAGCAGCUGCUCUUCUCAGGGUGAAAAAUGAGCGCUCCGAGCUCACCCCUCCUGCUGGUCCGGAGCUCCUCCUGCUGAGCCGGGUGCCGUCCGAAUCUGGUCUCCCGUCGGUGCGACAUGCGCUUCGCUAAGCUCGUCGAUCGGUUCAAGAGCACCCAGGUCCACGCCAUCAACCCUCCCGACCCCGCUCACCCCGCCACCGCCGGCGAUGCCUCCGCCGCCGCCGCCGCCGGAGGAGGGGGCGGCGGGGGCAAGCUGAACGGGCACUUCCUCAAGUUCAUUGGGUCGAAGCCGAAACCGGCGCAGCCUGCUUCGUUGGCGCAAUCUCUCCUCCUCGCCUAUGGACUCCCCACGGUUGACCUCAUCGAGCCCCCGAUCGAGCCUUACCUCAAGCCGGUUGAUUUCGUGGAGGCCUUGGCCGACGUGUACCGCCGGCUCGAGGGGUGCUCUCCGUCGGAGAAGGCGUCGCUGUGCGUCGAGCAGUACUCGAUGCUGCGGAGCCUCGGCGACACGAAGCUGCUCCGGCGGUGCCUGCGGGCUGCGCGGCUAGGCGCGACCGAUGUGCACGCCGAGGUCGUGCUCGACGCGUGGCUGCGGUUCGAGAGGAGAGAGGAUGAGCUGGUGGGUUUCCAUCCCAUUCAAGGUGGGGAUAGGAUGUCUGAAUGUCCACAGUCCAAUUUGAUGUGUGGUUGUGGUUCUAGCUCAAUCUGCUCUUGUCAGUAUUAUGAGAAAACGAAUGCGCUGAACAAUGUGCAAACGCUUGAUGGGGAUGAGAAUUUUAGCGUAGAGGAAGAGGAGGAAGAUGUUCUAUUUUGUGUUGGUGAUGAGGAGGUCCACUGUAUUAGAAGUAAAUUUGCAGCUUUAUCCCUUCCAUUCACGGCCAUGUUAUAUGGUCAUUUUGCAGAAUCUAAAGAGGCAAAGAUUAAUUUCUCUCUCAAUGGGAUCUCUGCUGAGGGAUUGCGAGCUGUCGAAAUAUAUAGCAGGACCAAAAGGUUGGACAUGUUUGGUCCUGAGAUUGUUUUGGAGCUACUUUCUUUCUCAAAUAAAUUCUGUUGCGAGGAGAUGAAAUUGGCAUGUGAUGCUUAUUUAGCUUCACAUGUUAGCAACCUCGAUGAUGCCUUGAUUCUCAUCGAGUAUGGUUUAGAGGAGACCUCCUAUCUUCUCGUAGCAUCUUGUUUGCAGGUGUUGCUCAGUGAGCUCCCGAGGUCACUACGUAACCCAGGUGUGAUGAAGAUUUUAUGUAGCUCCGAGGGUAGAGAUAGACUGUCCCAAGCAGGACAUGCUUCAUUCUUGCUGUACUAUUUCUUGAGCCAAGUGGCUAUGGAGGAGAGUAUGGUAUCCAACAUCACUGUGAUGUUAUUGGAGAGGCUGGAGGAGUGUUCUACUGAAAGGUGGCAGAAGGCACUUUCGCUGCACCAAUUGGGUUGUGUGAUGCUCGAGAGAAAAAUUUAUAGUGGUGCGGAGCAUUAUUUCGAGGCAGCAUCUGAAUAUGGUCAUGUUUAUUCAAUAGCUGGUAUUGCGAGAGCAAAGUAUAAGCAAGGCCAACAAUAUUCAGCUUAUAAGAUGAUCGACUCUCUCAUCUCCGAAAACACAAUGGUUGGUUGGAUGUAUCAGGAACGAUCUCUCUAUGGUGUGGGGAGGGAGAAAUUGUUGGAUGUGAUUAGUGCGACUGGACUGGACCCUAUGCUCUCAUUUCCCUAUAAGUACAGAGCUCUGAUAAAGGUGGAGGAGAAGCAGAUUAAAGCAGCCGUGUUAGAGAUUGACAAAAUUAUCGGGUUUAGGUUCUUACCUGACUGCCUUGAGUUACGUGCUUGGUUCUUCAUUGCACUUGAAGAUUAUGGAAGUGCGAUGAGAGAUGUUAGGGCUCUUUUAACUUUGGAACCUAAUUACAAGAUGUUCAACGCAAAGGUUAGUGGAGGCCAAUUGGUAGAUUUACUCAGCCAUCAGGUUCAGCAAACAAGCCAGGCUGAAUGCUGGAUGCAACUUUACGAGCGGUGGUCUUCUGUUGAUGACAUAGGCUCUUUGGCUGUCAUACAUCAGAUGCUAGAUAUUGAACCUAAAAGGAGUCUUCUCUGGUUUCGGCAGUCUCUUCUCCUCUUGCGGUUGAAUAGUCAAAAGGCUGCAAUGAGGAGCUUGAGAUUGGCUCGAAAUAAUUCGAGCUCUGAGCAUGAAAGAUUGGUAUAUGAAGGAUGGAUAUUAUAUGACACGGGCAAUCGUGAAGAAGCUCUCUUGAGGGCUGAGAAGUCUAUUACUAUUCAAAGAUCAUUUGAAGCUUUCUUCCUUAAAGCUUAUGUCCUGGCAGACACAAGCUUGGAUUCAGAAGCCUCCUCUUAUGUUAUCCGACUUCUGGAGGAAGCUCUUGGAUGUCCUUCAGAUGGUCUGAGGAAAGGACAAGCAUUAAAUAAUUUAGCAAGUAUUUAUGUGGAUUGUGGCAAACUUGAAUUGGCUGCCACUUGCUACACGAAUGCUCUUGACAUUAAGCAUACAAGAGCUCAUCAAGGGUUGUCACGUUUAUAUCAUCUGAAAGGUCAAAGGAAAGCUGCAUAUGAUGAAAUGACCCAGCUUAUAGAUAAGGCACACUAUAAGGCAUCAGCGUAUGAAAAACGGUCAGAAUAUUGUGACCGUGACAUGGCACAACAUGAUCUUAAUAUGGCUACCCGGUUGGAUCCACUGAGGACCUAUCCAUACAGAUACAGGGCAGCAGUACUAAUGGAUGACCAGAAAGAAGUGGAAGCUGUUGAAGAGCUUACUAGAGCCAUAGCAUUCAAGCCCGACUUGCAAAUGCUUCAUCUUCGAGCAGCAUUUUUUGAGUCAAUGGGAGAUUUCAGCUCUGCUCUCCAGGACUGUGAGGCAGCUCUCUGCCUGGAUCCAAACCAUCUGGAGACGCUUGAACUCUAUCAUCGAGCACAAGGCAGAGUAACUGAACAAAAGAAAUGACUGAUUUGAUACAAAAGCUGUUGGUAAGUAAAAUUCAAUUGUUGAAUUUUGUGAGGAAGGUCUCUCAGGGACAAGAAAACGGAUAGAUACACUGGAAUUGCGAUUCACUCAACUUGGAGCUGCAAACUUGCCAUGUCCGUGAGAAGGUAUAGUCAGAGAAUGAACAAAGAGAAAAGGAAUGGCAAAUGUGAAGGCCUGCUGGAUAGAGUGCUGCACAAAUGUUAACUCCUGCAGAUGAUGGUCCCACCGGCAUGGAUCAAGAAUCGACUGGAUGAGAAGUGGAACGGGACUGUGAUUUUGAUUACCGUCAUAAGAUUAUUUUUCUCAUUCAAAUAGUACAUCCAGUUCCAAUACAUGUUUCUCUCUUUUAGAUAGAGGCUUUUCUCUUCCAUUCCUUGUGUAUAAACAUAAGUAGAGUCUCAAAAUUCUGUAACUUUCCACGGAAAAGUCGUCUCACUUGAUUCUGUUGCGGUAUUUUAACUUAUGCAUUCAUUAAGAAUAUAUAUACACAAGGGACCAGCAUAGCAGA